AUGUCAUCUGCAGAAACGCAGCCCAAGCCACAAGCAUCUGCGUGCGAGGACUACCAAGUGAACAGGUUCUUAGGACUCUGGAACAGGAUCAAAGGUGUUGUAACGUUACCACCGAAAUUGCUGCCAUUCCUCAUCCUUCACACCCUUGAUCCGAUUCUAUUCCUCCUCAAUAUCCUAACUAUCCCCUUCCCAAGAGCUAAGCCUGAAUCUCAACACAAAUGGACGCUUGCCGAUAGAAUGUUGGCCAAGGCAUGUCAAUGGAGUGGUUGGGGUAAGAUCACUGAAUCUGACAAGAAGAUGAUCCUCUCUGCCCUCAAUAACUACGCUGCACCCGGCGAAGAAGACUCACGUUCCCCAUGUCCUGGUCUCAACGCUAUGGCCAAUCACGGAUUCAUUCCACGCCACGGCAAGCACGUAUCUCUCUCCGUUAUCUGCGUUGCCAUCAAGAAGACUUAUGAUUUCGCUCCGACGUUUGCAUACCAACUGACGUCAGCUGCCGGCUUCAUUUCCAAAUCUUCCGGCGACGGCAAGACAUGGUUAGAUUUGAAAGACAUCGAAGCGCCAAAUGUGAUUGAGCACGAUGCAUCUUUGUUGCGCCAUGACCGCAUGUUCCAGCCAAAUCAAGGUGCACCAGCUGUAGACCUCUGCGAGCGCACACUCCAGUUUGCGCACCCACCAAAGCAGCCAGGUGCACCAGGCAAGAAGGGCAAGUCGUGUCUCAACACGGAAUCCAUGUCCAAGGCUCUCUACGAACGUAGGCUCAUUUGCUCAUCCGAUCAAGAUCCAAACCGCGAGAACAAAGUCAGAAACGGCCAGUACUUCUUGCCAGGUAAGCUCAAGAUAUUCGGCGCCGGUAACUCGGCUAUCCCACUCAUUCUCUGGGAUGGUAGACAAGAUUACAUCAGACCUUUCUUCGUCGAAGAGCGCUUGGCUUACAGAGAGGGAUGGCACCCAUACACCCGUGAAGAUCCUGCUGGAUUCUUCGGUCUCUCGUUCAUGUACUUUAUGCUUGUAUUCGCAACCAUCGAGCAUGGCGUUGGUAACAUCUUCACCAAGAAGAAAAAAGAUUAA